AUGGUGAAGAUCAGCUUUCAGCCCAUCACGGGACAAAAAGCCGAGAAAGAGGAGGGUGAUGGAGAUAAAACUCAAAUAUUCAUACCGCAUCCACACGCUCCGGAUCAGAGUCGGUUCCACUGCCGUGUCGUGUACGAGGACUCGGUGGCUGCUCCACUGCGAGGGUCUCAGGAGCUGGAGGAGAGCGUUGGGAUCUACCUGAAGGAAAACUACGAGCAAAUCAGCAUACCUGUGCCCGACUUCAGCAACACAGACCCUGCUGAUAUCAUUCAUGAUUUCAACAGGGGUCUGACGGCCUACCAUGACAUUGCUUUAGACAAGUGUUAUGUCAUCGAGCUCAACACCUCUGUGGUCAUGCCACCACGUAACCUCUGGGAACUGCUCAUCAAUGUCAAGAAAGGGACUUACCUCCCCCAGACGUACAUUGUUCAGGAAGAGAUGGUCGUGACUGGCCGUGUUAAUAACAUGCAUCAGCUUGGCCGCUUUAUUUACCGUCUGUGUAACGGUAAAGAUACGUACAGGCUCCAUCGCCGCACCUCACGCCGUCGUAUCACCAAGCGUGAUGCGCAGAACUGUCACAGGAUCCGUCACUUUGAGAACACUUUCGUGGUGGAGACAAUGAUUUGUGAGACUCCAUAGGCUGUUUGUCUCUUUGGCCCGCCUAUUUCUGAUGAGAUCACACCCUUUGGUCUCAGUAGCCACACCCCUUUGAAAAUCACACUCUUUACCUCUAAUUCUUCAUGUCUUUACACCCCAUUUCUCUCUUUUUGUACUUCUCUCUCUGUAC